AUGGUACCUGAACUCAACAGUUGUUUUCAAGGUCGAAAUACAUCAGGAAACCCUCUAGAUGAACAUUUGGUACUCGAUAUAAAGAGCUCCAUCACUGCGUACUUCAAGCCUGUCGUCGCAAGUCGCGGCGCAACAGACGACGACGUCGUCACUCGCGGUGGCGAAAGACUGCCCACUCAAGAUACACUUGAAGAACACCCAGAAGGUGACCAGAAGACGACUAUCUCUGACAAUGAGCACGACAAUGGAAAUAUUGUGGACAUUGCUCCCGCGGUGCCUCGAUCCUCAGUCGCCAAUCGCAAGGCGAACGUGAACGCUAGCUCAUCUCCUCACGAUAUUCAGCAAGUGGGAGUCUUCGAUGAUGCUCCCUCCGAGUCCGAAAAGGAGAGUCGAACCCCUUAUUUUAACUUUAUCAAGGGUGUCGUCUCGUGCUCAUGGAAUUUACAGCUGCCAACGUUGGCCAGUGGUCAUAAACGUGCCAGCUCCCAGACCACAUCCAUGGCGAAGGCGAGAAAAAUCAAGCAAAGUGUCCUUAACUUCCCAAAGACGGUUUCUUUGCCGAGGCAUUCAGUCUCGACUCCCGAGUAUCAAAGAAAGGCCAACCCCAGUCGAGGGCGACACCACACCUCCACUCAGACGAUCCUCGAUCGGUAUUAUACGCCGACGCCAACAAGCACGGGAAACGUCCGAGUAAAGGGGGAAUUCUAUUCACGAACCCCUCAAAUUUGCGAACCCCUCAUGAACCCCCAAAUUACGGGAACUUUCCGGCGAGCCUCCGGGAUGACAAAUAGAGUCACAACUGUGACAACAUGGUCUUGCGUUGCUCCUUGCACCCACCUCCGCCAAAUAUCUUCGUAG